AUGGAUCAGAAGGGUUGUGUUAUCAAAUGUCCUCUAGGUACCAAGGCAAAGAAAUCAAGGACCAACGCACAACCUGUUGGCUUGUCUUCUCAGGAUCUUACCAAUUUCUCUGUGAUAGAAUCUCAAUCAGCACUUUCAAAUGCUGAAGAUUUGAAUAACGCUCUGAUGGACAACAGGAAUGUGAACCAUGAACCUGCCAACCCAAAUGCACUUACUCACAGCAAAGAUUUAACGUCUGAUGCGGAGCUUGGUCAGGAUUAUCUUGGUGACCAUCACGAUGAUCCAUUUCACAACUCUGAUCAAUCUCAAUUGCUUCCUUUGUCUCCAACCAACACCAAUGAACCUGGAACACCCCGAGUCAAUAUGUCUUUUGGGGAGUAA